AUGUUGACAGCUAUGUUCUUGGCUGCUCUCAUUCUUAUUACAGUACAUUCGCAGGAAACUGAGGAAACCAUAACAUACACGCAAUGCACAGAUGGCUAUGAAUGGGAUCCUCUUAGGCAACGGUGCAAAGAUAUUGAUGAAUGUGAAAUAGUCCCAGAUGCAUGUAAAGGUGGGAUGAAAUGUGUUAACCACUAUGGAGGAUACCUCUGUCUACCUAGAACAGCACAAAUUAUUGUAAAUGAGCGAGAAGAAGCAGCAGCUGAAUCCACUAGUGGUCGAAACAACGUUAUUCGGCGGACUCCAGCCGAUCCUCACCGUGCCCCUCCAAACCCAACUCAUCAAAUUCAGUGUGCAGCUGGGUAUGAGCAAAGUGAUCACAAUGUGUGCCAAGAUAUAGAUGAAUGUGCAACUGGAACCCAUAACUGUAGAGCUGACCAAGUAUGUGUCAAUUUAAGAGGGUCCUUCAGCUGCCAGUGUCCUCCAGGCUAUCAGAAACGAGGGGACCAGUGUGUUGACAUCGACGAAUGCACCCUGCCUCCAUAUUGCCACCAUCGAUGCGUGAACACUCCCGGUUCCUAUUAUUGCCAGUGCAAUGCCGGUUUCCAGUUAGCCUCCAACAACCACACCUGUGUAGACAUAAACGAAUGUGAUGCCAAUAACCCGUGUGCACAACAGUGUUACAAUAUACUGGGUUCUUUCAUCUGUCAGUGUAAUCCAGGAUUUGAGUUAAGCAGUGACAGAAUCAACUGUGAAGACACUGAUGAAUGCAGAACCUCAAGUUACAUAUGUCAGUAUCAGUGUGUCAAUGAACCAGGAAAAUUCUCAUGUGUCUGCCCUGAAGGAUACCAGGUAGUAGGAGGCAGAACAUGUCAAGAUAUAAAUGAAUGUGAGACUACUAACGAAUGCAGAGAGGAUGAAAUUUGCUGGAAUUACCACGGAGGAUUUCGCUGUUACCCAAGAAAUCCUUGUCAAGAGCCUUAUGUUCUUACAUCUGAGAACCGCUGCGUCUGCCCUGUUUCAAAUGCCAUUUGCCGAGAGCUGCCUUACUCUGUUGUGUACAAAUACAUGAGCAUCCGUUCAGACAGAACAGUACCAUCAGACAUCUUCCAGAUUCAGGCAACCACUAUUUACCCUAAUACUAUUAACACAUUCCGGAUCAAAUCUGGAAAUGAAAAUGGAGAAUUUUACCUGAGACAAACAAGCGCCGUAAGUGCAAUGCUUGUACUGGUGAAAUCACUAUCAGGACCAAGAGAACACAUUGUGGAUCUGGAGAUGCUAACAGUCAACAGCUUGAAUUAUCGUACAAGCUCGGUGUUAAGAUUAACAAUAAUAGUGGGACCUUAUGCAUUUUAGUGGUUUUCAAUAACCCUUCACUGGCACUUAAAGCAGCCAAAGAGUAUUAUCUUAAAGAAAGCACUUACUAUUUUAUUUAUAGAUUUUGCUCUCUUUUUUUUUUUAAGAUUUGUUUAGUAAGUUGGUAUCUUUAAUCCACACAUUACACCUGUAAUUCAAAAUUAGUAGAUGUGUUCCAUAGUAUAACAUGGGCAUUGUCACUUUCUGUAUAAAGAUUUAAAUCUUUUUUAUUACCUUUCUUGGACUAGUUACAUACUACGCUUUUGUACAAGAACUGUAUGUUCAUACUAUCUUGUAAAACUUCACACACCCUUCCUAGCCAAAUAGGUCAUGCAAUUAAAAGGUGAUCUUCUGUGUUCUUUUUAUUUUAAAUUCUAAUGCAGCUACACCGACAAUCUCAAAAAGAAAAAAUUAUAUAGGAUGAAUGAUACACAAAGUAACGGUUAUCUGAUAAGCUAAAAUAUAUUUCUUCUUUUUAACAACUUUGUAACAAAAGAUAACAGUCA